GGAGUUGAACUUACUUAAACUAUGUGAUGAGUUAAAAUUAUUUAUUAUAAGUUAUUCUACCAGCCCUAAAAAGCGAUUUUCUUUGAGACUGUCUGUAACAUUAGUCAAUGGUAUGUUAAAAAUUUUUAGGGAACAAGCAACAAUUUUACAGGGAGAAAUAAUUUCUUUGAUAUCCACUGUUCAUAUACCUACUGGAAUUGGAUAUGCCGCUGCUGAUCUUACAGAAACGGGUAUAUUUGAAACACCUCCAACACCAAUAGCAAAGAUUAAAACAAAACGAGCCCGUAAAGUAAUAACAGAAACGCCUGAAAUAUUGCAAGACAGAACAGAUCAGAUGUUUCUGCAACUGUCCAAUGUUGAGGAUAUUUUGCAACAGCCAACAGCUCGAGCAGAUGAAAUUUCUAUCAGAGAAGAGAUGCCUAAACAAACAGAACCAAUAGAGGAUGAUUUUAGUCUAGGAGUACGUUCAAGAAAAGAAAUUGAGGAGGAUAUGCAAAUGCUAUUUACAAAAACCAAAGACAUUCCUAUAGUCCACCCGCAAUACCCAUCCUCUGAUUCACAACCCCUUCAAAAUUUAAUAGAAGUUGUAGCACAGGUCCACGCUCCAAAAGAUGGAUUUAUAGAAGACUUACAAGCAUUGCAACAACCACCAACUGAUGAAAAUUUUUCUGCAACUGUACCUGUUCCACGAAUAGAUCUUGAAUCUGAGAGAUUAACUGAACACAUUUCAGAAGUGGAAUCUGCUUCAGUAUUACAACCAGUACCAACAGAAGGACUUAGUCUCGGAAAGGAAGUUCAUCCGAGUACUGAAUUACUGGAAGUAGUGCAAACUGGCGAUAUUCCGCCAGCUGUAGAAAUUGAAAUUGAUUUGCCAAGAGAAGCUGCAAAAAUGAGUAAAAAAACAAAAAGAGAAAGAAAACAAUUAGUAGAGUUACAAGUGAAUGAAGUUGCUCUUAGAUCUCAACAGAUAGCUCAAAAAAGAGGAAAUUUUAAAGUUAAGCAUGCAGGAAAACGAAUUGUUGGAAUUAACAGAUGCAAUGUAAGUAGUGAAUGA